AGCUGGCAAAAGGCGGAGUGAUCUGGAACUCUUACGUGAAAGGCAGAUUCCACGCCAGUCUAACAGCACAUCUAUCCCUCUACAAGCCUGAAGAUGAAGAUGAUCUCAUGCUUGCGCCCAUUUACCUCCCUGUCUCGUUUAAAAACAAUGUCUUCAAGGAAAUUCGCUGCAUGAUUCAACAGUCACGCCGUGUCUCUCGAUUACUUUAUCACUUUUCCACCAUUUCAUGAAUUAUACUGCAAUCCAAAAUGAAAUUUCCAACGGAAAACCCAAGGAAACCAGGGAACUGGAACCCUCCAGCAGUGCCAGUGCAGACCAACCUGGUGCCGCCCAAGAAGGUCCAGCCAGGGAUGUUGCAGUCCAGCUUGGUGCAGGCCAGCGUGGCCACCAUGCAGAACCCCAUGGGCUGCACUUUACCUCGCCUUUCUGUCUCCCGGCCCGCUAGUAUGGUGGCUAGCUUUGAAGCGGUGGCAGACGGCUCAGCCCUCCUCACGGUCAUGAAGUGGAAGACUGUCCUAGCCGUGUUUGUGGUGGUGGUAGCAUACCUGGUCACCGGCGGUCUGGUGUUCAAAGCCCUGGAGCAACCCUUCGAGAGCAACCAAAAAGACACCAUCACUUCGAAGAAAGCCGCCUUCCUGGAGAAACAUCAGUGCGUGACCCCCAAUGAGCUGGAAGAGCUCAUCAAGCACUCUGUAGAUGCAGUGAACGCUGGUGUCAGUCCUAUUGGAGACACGUCAUACAACUCCAGUCACUGGGACUUAGGGAGCUCCUUUUUCUUCGCUGGAACUGUGAUAACAACAAUAGAAUUAAUGGCUCUUGUACGAUGUCGCUUCAUCUUUCAUGUUGAUAUUGCUUUUUGUCUGUUUGCCCCCCCCCAGCGCAAACACAAUCAAAUAAGCCAGACCAAGAUUCGAGUGGCCUCUACAUUGCUCUUCAUCUUGGCUGGCUGCAUCCUCUUCGUCACUAUACCAGCCAUCAUCUUCAAGCAUAUUGAAGGAUGGACCGGGCUGGAGGCAAUCUAUUUCGUGGUGAUCACACUGACGACUGUUGGGAUCGGAGAUUAUGUUGCAGGAGGCAAUAGAAGAAUAGAGUACCGUGAAUGGUACAAACCGCUGGUGUGGUUCUGGAUCCUGGUUGGAAUGGCUUACUUUGCUGCAGUUCUAAGCAUGAUUGGAGACUGGCUCAGGGUGCUUUCUAAAAACAUCUUAUUAAAGGUGGGUGAGAUUAAGGCUCACGCUGCUGAAUGGAAGGCCAAUGUUCGAGCAGAAUUCCGUGAGACCAGGCGUCGACUCAGCGUGGAAGUUCACGACAAACUGCAGAGGGCCGCCACCAUUCGCAGUAUGGAGCGCAGGCAGCUGGGUUUCGACCAGCGGGCCCAUUCCCUAGACAUGCUGUCCCCUGAACGUCGAGCUGCCUUCAAUAGCCUGGACACCACUAAUUACAAGACAUCCUCCCAGGAGAGCAUCGACACAAAGCUCAACAACUUACGUCUACGAGUUGAGCAGAAUGAGCAUCGACGGAGUGACCCAAGCCAGGCGUACUCUGAAGAUAACAUUUUCAACCGCCUUGGUUCAGUCACAAAACUAGCCAAGCGGAACAAGAACAAAGAGUUGAGAAAGAACAUCCCAAACGACGGCCGGAAAGCCUUAGAUACCUUCACCUGUAAUACUCCCACAAUGGAUGAAGAGAAGAAAGAGGCAGAGGACGAGGAGCUUGAAAAAGAGGUCAACACCAGUCUGACCAACUUACCUCUCUUUGUGGAGAGCCCCAAUAAACAAAACGGAUUCAUGCCUCUACCACCACAGACCAAAGAGGAAGAAAACGAGAUAAAACUUGAAGACAAGGAGUUCCAUUUGCAGAUGGAGCCCUAGAGAGAACCGUGUAGAAAAAUAAUAUAAACCUAAAGUGCCUUUUUUUAGCCCUUACCCUGAGCUGAGAUGUGAGAAUCUCAAUUUCUGCUGUUCAUUUAUCUGUUCACUGUGUUCUGAUAACUUGAUAAUGGAAAUAUGGCGACAGUAGCAGCACUGGAAAACAGCUCGUUCUCUUCUUCAGACCACUGAAAAAUGCUUGUAUAAGUUGGAAAGAAUCUCUCCAAACAUCCUUGACAACAAACGAAAAAUCCGUAGCAAGCUACAUUGGCGGUUUGUGACUGAAAGUGCUACACUUCCAAUGUACUUUCUGCCAGACUGUACUUCAAGGUCAUUUGUCAAGAAGCAUAACUGCUCAAAAACAAUGUUUGUCAAGAUUUUCCACCCAUUCAAAAUAGAGAAACUUACAAAGAGACAUGAAUCCCCCAUGAUCAAAGGUGAUAAAACUCUUUGAAUAUGAAGAAACCAUGUUAAAUUGGUGACAGGUUGUAUAUACACGGAGCUCUACUGUCCUGUAAAACAAGUUACGUGCAUCAAAAUGUGAUCCAGAUUUAUGAAGUUAACCUAUAAAUCUCAGGGCUUGCAGUCCUACUGUAAUUGUUCAAUUGUACGGUAUGUCUGACAUAAAAUUUGCUGUGCUCUCAUGAAAUAUUUAAAGCUGUUGCUACACAGUACUGUUUUCAUAGUUUGAAAUUUUAUGACAAUGGGACGGAAGAGAAGCCAUAAAAGUCAUGGUAGACAUCAUAUAAGGCAGAAUGUCUAGUAGAGUUUAAUCACAAACUACUGAACGUAUCUGUUUAUUUCAUUUAAAGUUCACCCAAAAAUUGUGCUCCAAAUCUGUAUGACUUGUGUUCUGACUCUGUUCUGCAGAACACAAGUGUUUCAAAUGUUUUUGACUAUGCAAUUAAAGUCAGUGAAAUCCAAAACAACACAUGUUGAACACAUUUUCCAUUUUUGGGCGUCUUGUCCCUUCAAGUCAUUAGCUGCAUUCCCAUUAGAGAUCUGCCCAAAACUUUUGCGACAUUUUAAAAAUGUCGAUAAAAAAACUAUUGCGAAAUGACGGUAUUUCCAAUAACCAAAGUUAUGCAACUAAAACUUAAUUUUUUCCUCUCGCGAUAAGUCAUGCCAACAGAUGCUAGGUUUACGUGUAUCGCAGCCACAGCACUAGACAUUAUUUUUAAUCGGAGACGAAUGCGGGAAAAAAAUAUAUUUCCAUUGCAGUUUUGCAAAAUACUCGGACGGACGUACCUGCGGACAUACAUUUUUUUUUUUAGAUAUAUGGGAGUUUUUGUGAAACUGAUGUGUUUCCAUUGGGCGGAUUUUCAAUUCGCAUUUUCAAUUUGCACAAUUUGAAGGGUAAUAGAAACACAGCUAUUGUCUUGAUGCUUAUAAUUGCAGUAAGUGAUUUCUGAAAAACGCUGUUGAAAGUGGAUCAGACCGAGCACCACACUUGUAGCCAAUCACUAGUAAGGGGCGUGCCCACUCAUGAUGGGGGUGGUGCCUGAUGUAUAGCAUGUUUGUAAAUUUGGGAGCGGAGCUAUCAAGAUAGGACGUGAUCCUUUUGGUUAGGGGUGUGUCUGUUUUGGUCAUUUCAAAUAUCAACAGCGUUUCUCAGAAAUCACUUACUGCACCUUUAAUUAUCACCCAGAAUACACAACAUUACCACAAUGUUACAUUGAUUUGUGGAU